ACAACCUGCAUGACAUAGGGAAUGCAUUCAAACGUAUCUGGCAAAUAGUGAUUAGUUGUACCACCUGACAUUUUGCUGAAUAUGGGUUAAAAAUAUUGUGCAAAAAACAUUCAAAUUGACUGAAAUAUUGUUCAAUAAAUAAAAAAUACAUUUUAGGGACUUGUUUUGUCAUUAACCCUUAUCCAAGUUCAGCUGAGAAGUGGUUAUGUAAUCGCCAAAGUAUCCCAUUUUCCAGUAAUUUUGUGAUCCUGUUUGUUUUCUUGUUUUGGCCUUGACCAUUCUUUUCCUCCCUGUAUUUUUCUGCACUUAUGGUUGCCUCCAGUUACUUCUUGAUGAGCUGCUCUACAAGAUUACUAAACAAGAUUAGAGAGAGAGAGAGAAAUCCCUUUCCAUCUGUUUACCUGCAUUAACAGGAGUCCGAGCCCCUGCGUUACCUGUGCCUGACUUUGAUGAUCUGGCUGUAUAGCCCUUAAUCCAUAACAAUACACUGGAUUCACCAGAUAUCUUGUAACGGGUAUGCACAGGUAUGUAAAAGUUUGGGGGGUAUCUAAACCACAUUUUCCAAAGUGAAGCGCUGGCUUUCAUGCAACAGCUUGUGUCUCAAGCCACAGGAAGUACCUCUCGAUAUGUGGCAGCUCAUAUGGAUGUACAGCAUCUGUUUUUUGGCCUGUAUAUCUGUAAUAACCCCACUGGAUAUUGCUACAGAGGAGGUUGUCUGGAAUUGGUUUCCCACGCUUCAAAAUUCAGAUAAACACUCACGAAAUGAUGAAAUUUCACGCUUGUUUCAAAUGCUUUCGGAGAAGCAUGGAGAUCGAGGGCUCUUGCCAAGAAAGAAGCGUAAUGUUCUCCUUUCCAGUGGAGUACGGCUCUGCAGUCGAGAAACUGUACAGCAAGUCAUUAGAAAUCAUCUCAAUUACUUCCAGCUCAGAGUUUGUCAGGAAACUGUAUGGGAAGCCUUUAAAAUCUUCUGGGAUCGUCUCCCCAAUCAGAAAGAGUACCAGAGCUGGAUGAGUCAAUGCCAGGAUGGUACAGUCACCAUACAGGACAUCGGCUCUGCUUUUAGCCAAUCGAAGGAACACCUAGCACUUGUCCAAAAAAGACUUUAUCAGACCCGACUGAAAAGUGAAUUAUCUUUAACUUCAUUAUGCAGCCCUGAGGAUUCUUCUCAAGACCCAGACAGUGCACCAGCAGCAGAAGCCAAUAAGGUGGUGACUGCAUCAGUUCCAGAUAACGUCAUCACUCAGAGUGUGAUGGAAGUUACAGUGGAAACACCAUCUGUAGUCAUGACGACUGAGCUGGAUGCUGAGAUUACUAAUGAGAUUGAAGAGCCUGCUCCUUUAUCUCCACGUCCUCUGGUUGAGCAGAAUGUGGAGCUGACGUUGUUACUGGCAGGAGAGCCGUGGAGCGAACAGCUGUCUGAUCCCACCAGCACUGAGCGACACAAUCUCACCCAACAGUUCACAGAGAAGAUUUCAACUGCUUUAAAGAAACUAACUGAAUUCAAGAGUGUAUCAGUACUGGAUAUAAGGCCAAAGCAGGAUCUCAUAAGUGGUGAAAAAUCAGUGCUGGUGGAAUAUGUUGUGUUCCUCCAGACCAGCAGUGAGGAGAUCAGCAGUGAGACACUGGACUUCAUUAACAUCCAGUCAAACAUGGUAGAGGGCACCUAUGGUGACUCUCCGCAGCCCACCAUCCAGUACACCAUGAUAAACCCCCACUCUUACAUCACUGAUGCCUUGAAUGAGGAAACAUCUACAGAGGAAGCCAAUUCUGCAACUGACCCUGGGCACAAGGCUGAUAUUCAGAGUAUUGAAAAAACACCCACUUUGUCUGGAGAGGUGGGCAAGGAGGUCUUCACCAUACAUCCUACAUUGGGAAUAGAACAGGAAUUUAUGGGAAAGCAUGAAGUCAUAACUAUAGAUGGGGAGGCACCACCUAUCACUGAUGAUCCCAACGACAUUGAAGACAAGGGGUUGGUGUCUUUGUCAACACCCAGCACUCCUACUAUAAAUGGUGUAGCUGAUGAUCCCUUUAUUGAUGCCAAACAAGACAGUGACAUCAAAAUGGCUGAUUUUGACCUUUUCUCUGGAUCUGGUGGCACAGCAGAGGACUGGGUGACUGACCUUCCUACUGAAGCAAAAAAGCCAUCUGGAAAGAAAGAAGAUGGCAUAGAUGUUUUGAUAGAUGUAGACACAUCCCUGUUAGAGGAGUAUGAAUUCACCACCAUUACCACAAUUACAAAGGUAAUAGAAGACCACAUAUUGCCUGUAGAAGUAUCUGGAUUAGUUACAAAUGAACCUGGAGAAGAUGGAGACAUUCAAGUUGGUCUUGAUACACCUUCCACACCACGUGUAAAAGAAGAGGAGACGAAAACUAACCCAGAAUCUGAGGUGUACCACAUAUUACCUAAGGAAGAAGAGAGUCCAGAGGAAGACAACAAGGAUGUAGUUGUUCCUACAGAAACACAAAAGGGUGAAGAAUCUUUAGUUGUGAUAACACAACAGAAAUCAGGGGAAGUUGAUGAAAAGGAAGGAAACUAUUUUGUAGUUGCUUCACCUACACAGUUUUCAAAGGAAGAUCUAACAAAUGAUGAGAUUUUGUUGGUCACUGUUAAACCAGCAGACCCGAUCUACCCAACAUCUCUUUCACCAGAAAAAGAAUCACCCUUCACCAUCAUCACUAUGAUGACACCAGCAAAUGUUGAGUUAACGCCUACUGUCAAUUCAGGAGUGAUGAGCACAUCCCUGGAUUAUAAUGGGAUACAUUAUGAGGAGGAAGAUGGUAGUGGCAUUCCUGGUGUUAUUAAAGGCGAUGAUAUUUCCAGCAUUGCCCUGCCAACAAACCCGGGGCGAGCUUUGAUGGUCUUCUUCAGUCUUCGUGUUACCAACAUGAUGUUCUCUGAGGAUCUGUUCAAUAAGAGCUCUCCAGAGUACAAAGCCUUGGAGCAGCGCUUUAUUGAACUGCUGGUGCCCUAUCUUCAGUCAAACCUCAGUAACUUUGAGAACCUGGAGAUCCUAAACUUCAGGAAUGGAAGUAUUGUCGUGAACAGCCGUAUGAAGUUUGCAAAACCAGUUCCUCAAGGAGUCACAACUGCUGUUUACCUCAUUUUAGAGGACUUCUGCAACACUGCUUACCAGACCAUGAACCUCGCCAUUGACAAAUAUUCUUUGGAUGUAGAAUCAGGUGAAAAUGCAGACCCAUGCAAGUUUCAGGCAUGUAAUGAGUAUGCAGAAUGUACUGUGAACCGCUGGUCAGGUGAAGGAGAAUGUGUGUGUAGUGCUGGAUAUUUCAGUGUGGAUGGGCUUCCCUGCCAGAGCAUCUGUGAACUUCAGCUUGACUUCUGCUUAAAUGAUGGGAAAUGUGACAUCAUUCCAGAUCAAGGAGCCAUCUGCAGAUGUCGUGUGGGAGAGAACUGGUGGUACAGGGGGGAACAUUGUGAAGAAUAUGUAUCCGAGCCACUCGUUGUUGGCAUUGCUAUAGCAUCUGUUGCUGGUUUCCUGCUGGUGGCAUCAGGAGUUAUCUUCUUUUUAGCAAGAACUCUGAGAGAUCAGUAUGACAAGGAUGAACUGGAGGAACCAAUACGAAGAGAUGAUAGUUUUCCAUUUCUAGACAGGGCCACCAAGUAUAACCCGAUGUUCGAGAGUGAUUUAACAACAGGUUACAGCCAUUACUACCGGCGGUACCCUGACCCCCCAGUUCACAGCAGUGGCAGUGCUGAGGCCUCCACAGAAUUUAGCAGUGAAGAGAUACGCCAUAUUUAUGAGAACAGUGAGCUCACCAAGGAGGAGAUUCAAGAUCGCAUCCGCAUCCUUGAACUCUACGCCAGAGAUCGUCAGUUUGCAGACUUUGUGCGGCAGCAUCAAACAGCUAUUGACAAUCAAAGAGAAAGUUCCUCCACACAGACAGCACAACUGAGUGCCACAAGCUAAAGCCAAGAAUUUCCUGAGAAUUGCAUAAACGUAAACAUGUUUUUGUUUCCUGUUGCAACUAGUUGAAACUUUAUUCAAUCUCUUUCUUCUUUCUUUGUUUUCGUGCUUAUGCAAAAUAAAAUGAUCUACUGACCUGUCAUAAAAGAAGGUUUAAAAAAACAGUAAAAUCUCUAUUAUAUUCCUUUAGUACUAUCUUUGGUUUUGUUUGCACUUCCCUUGUUUAAUUGGGUAUAUGUUUUCCCUUUGGGUCAUUGUAUUCUUGUUUUUGGUUAAAACUGUUAGUGCCUUCUAGUCUGUUUUCUUCUGGCUGUGGCCCAAGCUCUGAGCCAUUCAGCCUUUAGUGUUUUUAAAGAUAAAGGCCUGCCCAAACACAGGGCCCACCCACUUUCUGGAAAUUACUUGAAUCACUAUUAUUAUUGUUGUUGUUAUAUAAUGUUUAUUCUAUUGUAACGUUUAGUGUUUCACUGCUUCUUACUCCUGCCCUUUAGGGAAUGGGUUUUGUCAAUUUUGCAUUUAAAGAGACUUUACUUGACUUUGGCAAUUCCCUCAGCUUUUGGCAGCUUUUUUCUAUGAGGCAGUGGACAAAAAAUCUUCUUUAUCAAGAUUUUACUAAGAUUAUACUUUAUCAAAAUUAUACUAAAAAUAAACAAUUUUCAGGUUGCUCCAUCUUAAUUUUGCCAUAUAGUUUUAUUUUUCUUGUGAUUACUCCCAUUCAUUAUUUUAUAACCGGUUCCCCUUUUUGUCAUUUUCCUCAUAUUGCAGCUACAUUUUUAAAAUCUUACAUUUCUAUUAUUUAGUUCAGACACCACUUUGUUUAGAUUCUUUUAUUUUUUUACAGCUAUAUUUACAGAAUUUCUAAUUUGAUCAGUUACAGAGUUUACCCUAAAACUGAAAUGAUGUCAUUACCUUUCAAUGUUCUUUAUUUAUUUUCUGUUGAACAUGCCUGUUAAAUGCCUGUUCUUAUAAAUUCAUAUUAAAAAUAUGGACAUUUAUUGUGCAUUUUAUUAGUGGAGCCCUUAACCCUAUUUAUUUUAAUUGUAUGGAACAAACAUUUAUUCGCACUUUAAUUUAUAGAUUUAAAAAUGUAUAUGGUUUUGUGUCAUAUGAAUAAAUAUAUUAUGCAUAGACAAACUGUCAUUUUAUGUAUGUGUGAGUGCAAUAAAAAAAUAAAACCUUUUGA